GUACUGUUGAUAAAGUGGAGUGGGUUCUGAUAUUGAAUACUCCUAUCCAGAAUGAUUUCAUUCAAAUUGAACAAGACCUGUUUGAUAUUGAUAUGGUAUCGACAGUUAUUAACGGUCAAUAUAAACAAAGCUUAACUUGCACGAUUGCACGAGAAAUCUUUGGAACAGAAUUACCUAAUGACGAACAAGAUCUAAAAAGCUUCACAGAAACAUUAGAUAUUAGUUCGUAUAUUUCUACUAGGAUAAAAAAUUAUCUUUUGUUUGAUUCCAAUUCUUCUCAAGAACUAAUUAAGAAACAACAAAUCAUCAAGCAGUUAUAUUUACUCUGUGUCGCGGUGGCCUCUUUAAAUGCCUUCGUACAAACUUGUUGGACUGGUCCUAUUUUUGAUCUGGAACCACAAGAUAUAUUUCCUGUAGCUAUAAGAGAACUGUACAAUACUGAAUUGAAUAAGAAAAUUCAUGAGAUUUUAUCAGUAGAUGGAGAAGAAGUUUAUCAUUUGACUCCUCGCGUUUUAUAUCUAUUAAUUCCAAGAAUCAUAUUAUUGGAAAAUGCAUCAUUAUUUACCUAUCUGAAGAGCACCCAUUGGUGGAGUCAGAGAGUUUUAUUUAUACAACAACGUAUCUUAGAUAACAUUAGUGGAUCAUUACACGACGCAAUAUUACAAUAUUUACAAUCUUUAAGCAUUGCACUUCCAGAUUUAAUUCCUAAAGAAAUUGCGAUUGAAAUAUGUACUCGAUUUCAUUUAGAAUAUGGUAUUGUAAAUCACUAUUAUGGACAGGAUUCUUCAGCAAAAGAACAUUUUGUAAAAGCUCAAGAAUUGAGUGGCUUUAAGUGGACACUUACAGGAAUGCUAGGAAAAAGAACCAAGUUUCAAACCUUCGAUGUAUCUCAGCUAUUAGUCAUAGCAAACAGUCAGAAAGAUGUAGAAUUUAACAAAGAGGAAGAUUCAAGAGAUUCAGAAAUAAAAAAGGUUCCAGACAUUAUAUCGCUUAAUGAUGAUACGCUUUUAGAGAAGGUUGAAUUUUCAGAUGAUAAAAAUGGAUCGAAUUCAAAUGACAAUCUCAAAAUAAUUGAUCAAUGCUUGCUACUCGCUUUUUGUUUGAAUGUAAAAAAUACUAACCCAUCACAUGGAAUAACUACCGAACAAAUGGUGCCUUUUGUAUCAAGGGUUCUUGAAAAUCCAAACAACUGGAUGGUUUAUACAAUGGCACUUUUACUCAGAUCACGCCUUGAAAAAGAAAAAUCUCGAACUGUAGAACGAUCAGUUCUUCAACUUCAAGCGCUAGUUGAUCAAUUUCCUUUAGAGUUAUCAAGCGCAAAAGAACGGUUGGAUUACUUCUAUCAAAUCCUAUUACCAUCAAAAUGGGAAAUGGAAAAAGAACUUGCUUUGCAAUACUUGUCUCUAGGAGUGAUUCGAUCUGCCUUACAGAUUUUUGAACGUCUCGAAAUGUGGGAAGACAUUAUAAAUUGUUAUAUAUCACUUGAAAAAGAAUUUAAGGCUAAAGAAAUUAUACUUGAACGCCUAAAUAUUACGCCAAAUUCUCCAAAACUUUAUUGUCUUUUAGGUGAUGUCGAAAAGAAUCCAAAGCGCUGGGAGCAUGCUUGGGAUAUAUCAGGUAAUCAUUACGGGCGUGCUAUGCGAUCCCUGGGCGCACAUUGGUUUAGGCAAAAGGAAUUUCGAAAGUCAAUAGAGUGUUAUACAAAAGCUCUUAAUGUAAAUCCAAUUUUUGAAAGAGCUUGGUUUGUGCAAGGUUGUGCAGCAAUGCAUGUGGAAGAAUGGGAUAUUGCAUUGCAAGCUUUUUCUAGAGUGAUUGCUCUUGACCCUGAUAACUCUGAAGCAUGGAAUAAUCUUGCUUCAGUUUUUCUUAAGCAAAGCCGCAAAUUAGAUGCAUUUAAUGCUUUUCAACAAGGUUUAAAACAAAAAUAUGAUAGUUGGAGAAUUUGGACAAACUACAUGUACACUGCCGUUGAUAUAGGUGAAUUUGCUGAAACCAUUCGUGCUAUGCAACGUAUAGUUGACUUACGAUGGGAAAAGGAAAAGGAAUCGUGUAUUGAUUUAGAUGUUCUUGAGAUUCUGGUGAAUGCUGUUACUCAAGGAAUUCAAGAUGCUAAUAAAAACAGCGCAUCUAAAUUAGCACCAAGACUUGAAAAUUUAUUAAUGAAGACCAUUACUUCACGGAUAACGUCACACCCACAGAUAUGGCGACUUUGCGCACAAUAUUGGUUCUGGAAAAAGGAAUAUGAAAAGGCUCUCGAGUCUCAUUUGAAAGCAUAUAGAAGUACUUUACAUAACUCUAGAUUAGAAACCUCUGAAAAUGUAUUUAGACAAGUUGCAACAACAGCAUUAGAAGUUGUAGAAGCCUAUCAAAACCUUGGUGAUUUAACAAUUGUUCUCAAGAAUGACCAAAAAAAGGUGACAUCAGAAGAUUCACAAACAGAAAUACCAACUACAGUAGUAUGCAAAGAUUGGAAAUAUCAAGCUAAAAGCUUAUUAACGAGUUUAAUAGGUAAAACAAAAAAUUUUGAAAGCACAGAAAUGCAUGACAAAUUAAAAGAAACAUUAAAAAAAUUGAAAAGCUUAUAA